AUGCCUUUCACCGCAAGCGAUAUCUGCAAGAUCAUUCUUGCCGUCAUUCUCCCACCUCUUGGUGUCUUCCUUGAGCGAGGAUGUGGUGCUGAUCUCCUCAUCAACAUUCUGUUGACCAUCCUUGGUUACAUUCCUGGAAUCAUUCACGCUUUGUAUGUCAACACCAUUUCCUGCUUCACAUCUGCCUCGGAGUCUUCGGUGCCAGUGUCAAAACAUUGGAACCCCAGACUUCUGAAGCAAUGCGACGUCAUCAUCGACCCCUGGAGCGAUCGCUAA